AUGGCGGACGCGGACGUCGCGUCGCGCGAGGACGGCGCGAAGAAUUUCUCAGCGCGCGACGACGACGACGACGACGGCGACGACGACGACGGCGAGCACCGACGGCGCGCCUCGGCGGCGAGCGCGCUCGAGCGCGAAAAUUACACGCAGCUGAGGAUGGAUCAGGUGACGACGCUGCUUCGAUUCGAGGAGCCGGGACCGCUGGACGGGGAUCUCGAGUUCGAGAAGCUCGGCGCGCUGCGAGGCGCGGUGUUGAAUUUCAUCGCGGCGUUUCGGGUGUUUCGAACGUUCCUGAUCACGGCGGAGAGCGUGGUGGUGAGCGUGAUAUCGAUCGCGUCGACGCUGUUCUUCGCGCUGUACGAGGUGGGGGGACAUCGAAUGGCGGUGAAUCUGAGUUGGACGUUUGUGUCGUUUGCGAUCAUAUAUCCGCUGACGGGGUCGUUGGACAGCGCGUUUCGACGACGGGAGGAGGCGUUGAAACAGUUGGCGAUGUUUAAGACGUCUAUCAUUAGCUUUUAUCAGGCGCACAGAGAUUGGGAUUGGGGGCAGAAUGGGAGGAAGGAUUUGCCCGAGAACCACGUGUACGAAGUUCGAUGGUUGACGGUUGGGUUGGUGUGCGACGUGAGGAACUUUUUGACGGCGCCGGAAGUGACGCGAUUGGUACAUUUGAACACGAGACGGGGACGCGUGGCGUGGACGAAAGGGCGCAAGCUGCAGUGGGCGAUCGCUAGGCGCGUUAGAGAACAUUUCCAAAAGCUUUCCGUGACGACGGAGGCGUUAAAGUUCAGCGGAAUGCCCGGUAACGAGUCGUCUCGAAUUCGACAAUUCACCAAGGAGGCGCACAACGCGUGGGAACAAAUGCGCUUUCUAAAAACGUAUCGCACACCCAUGGCCACGCGAGCGUUUGCGAGGGUAUACAUUUUGAUCCAUCCAAUCUUCUGGGGGCCGUAUUACGCCCAGCUCGUGAGCGACAUUUUACACGACGAGGCGGGCGGUUACAGCGGUGCCGAAAUCUACGACGUUCCGACGUACACGUCGCGUCUCGUCGUAUUCUACGCGUGUUGCAUGUCAGUCAUCACAUCCUUGGCGAUGCUCGGACUUUUCAACGUUCGAUACAGCCUCGAAGAUCCUUUCGCGUCGACGGAACGUCACAACGAAGCCGAGGCGUCGUACGCUCGCCGAUACACUCGCGGCCAAGACCAGGUGCUCAUCAAUAAAGAGUUACGCGAGCUCGUGAACGAUCUGUGCUUAGAGUUUGACAACACGUUCGAGCCGAGCGGGGGUGGUGUACCGGCGUGCAUGUUUCCGUCGCCCAAACGAUCGCAAUUGCAAAACAUCACCCUCAAAGAGGUGUCCCACAGCGUCAUCGAACGCAAUUACAGCGGUAAAGGGCAAGCGCCGAAUCUAGAGCGCGAGGAGACGCUCCACGCGAGCGCCUCGGACGCUUACUAA